UACAGCGGAAUUGCAAGGAUUUUAUUAUCAUUGCAUAAAAUGGCUUAAAAGUGAAAGGAGACGUAAUUAUUGCAUACCUCUUUUAUUUUCACGGUUCCUUAAACGGUAUAUCAAGUAUCAACCUUCGCAUUUAUACCUUAACACAAAAAGAACUUCGAAAUGUGUACCAGAAAGCUAACAGUAUUUUACCAUAUCGCGCCACAGUAGUUGACCCAAAUUAUAGAUAACCAAUUAGAAAUUACUUAACCAAAGAAGUAUGAAGCAUAAGAAAAAGUUGUAAGUAAGAGCUCUGUCAUGCCCAAAAAUACCAGAAAAUGUAAGAAAAAGGUCAAGACGAGGCAGACUGUGACAUCUGCUCUGUCAGCCUUGUCAGAUGUUACAGUUAAUGAAUUUGCUAACAACCAAGCAAAGAGAAGUGGACACCGAAAGCAGACAAACGUCCAUGUAAUAAUGAAUGAAGUGGAGAGAUUAAAAGUAGCCGAGGAUGACAGGUCUUGGGAUGAAAAGGCGGAUGAUGAUGAAUUUGAUGAUGAAUACAAGGAAGGUGUCAACGACGAGCAUGGAGGUGCAGGGCGAAGGAGAGGGAAAAGAAAAUACAGUACAAAGGAAACAGAUUCAGAUAUUACAGAAGGUAUUGAUUUACCACUUGAUAUCUGGUUUUUAAUCAGUGAGCAUAUCCGUCCUGAAGAUGUUGGAAGAUUUGGUGCAAUAUGUUAUGCUACUUUUUAUGUGAUUUCCACUGGAAGGUUUUGGAAUACUUUAUAUAAAAGACACCACAGACUGAUCUCACAACUCCCAGAAGAGCUGACCAUCUGGAAUAUGGAACGCCUGAGGGGUCUCAAGGCCAAUGUGAUUCGUGCCCUCUUUUACAUGUACCCUCCAUUUCAUGCUCGAAUUGCAGGGGAAAAGCCUUUGACAGCUGAUCCCACUCGGCUAUUGCGAACUCAGUGUGUGUUGCAGUGGCAUAGUAAAAUGGGCAGCAUAUAUAGAUAUUACUUCAAGUUUAGCAAGCAAAUGCAAAAUAAGAAAAGACUCACGUCAGCAAGAGAAGGCUUGCCAGCCCUUAUGACAAAGGACAGUCUGAUACAUGUCAAUGACAAUGAAGGUUGCUACAUAAUGGAGGCUGUCGCAAGCUGCAUAUGUGCCGUCCCCAUGGUGAUGGGUGAAUACCUCCACCAUGCUGGUCUUGGGGUGUCAGCUGACCUGCGCUCCCACCGUUUACACCUUUCACUUGCACCAGCACACCUCCUCCCCAGCACAGCAUCAGCCAAGUCACGGAAGUAUCAGGUUCCCUACAAAGAGGUCAUGCUAGAGCCUGUGCGCGAUGUACGUGUAUACCCUUGGUGGCAUCCCCAGUAUUGGAAAUGUGGUAGAUAAAAUUCUAUUAUUGUUACAUCAUUUUUUCAUAUCAUUCAUAGGUCUUCCAUGGUUUGCAUAAUAAAUUGUAUGCAUCUUU